AAUUAGAUGUUCAGAAUGCCUUUCUCCAUGGUGAUUUACAUGAAGAAGUGUAUAUGUCAUUGCCUCCUGGACAUCCUCGCAAGGGGGAGCAUGGUCUUGUCUGCAAGUUGAACAAAUCCCUUUAUGGUCUUAAGCAAGCAUCACGCAAUUGGUUUGCCAAAUUUUCUCAUGCUUUACUUGCUAUUGGAUUUACUCAAUCAUCUGCAGAUUACUCCCUCUUUUCUUUGUCUCGUGGAGCUUCAUGUGUUUAUGUCUUGGUAUAUGUCGAUGAUAUGGUGAUCACAGGUAGUAGUCCUCAACUAAUCAACCAGGUGAAAGAAUUCUUAUUUAGUCAAUUUCGCCUUAAGGACUUAGGUCCUCUCAAAUAUUUUCUGGGUAUUGAGGUUGCUUCUUCCCCUCAAGGGCUCUAUCUUUCUCAACGUAAGUACACUAUUGAGCUUCUUAAUGACGCUGGUCUUCUUGGAUCUCGAACUGUUGAUACACCUAUGGAGCAGAAUCUAAAGCUUCUUCCUUCUGAUGGUUCUCCUCUUAUUGAUGGUUCCAUGUAUCACCGUCUAAUUGGUCGUCUCAUAUAUCUCACCAUUACAAGGCCGGAUAUCUCCUUUACAGUAAACACAUUGAGUCAAUUUCUUCAGUCUCCUCAGAAAUGUCACUUGGAUGCAGCACAUCGAUUGCUUCGAUAUUUAAAGAAAACCCCAGGUCAAGGUAUUUUACUUUCUUCUAAGGGUUCUCUCCAAUUGACUGCUUUUUGUGAUUCUGAUUGGGCAAGUUGUCUCACCACUCGACGCUCCACCACCGGUUACUGCAUCUUUCUUGGUAAUAGUCCUAUUUCUUGGAAGAGUAAGAAGCAAAACACAGUCUCUCUUUCUUCUGCUGAGGCUGAGUACCGUGCCAUGGCCACCACCACUAAAGAAAUUAUCUGGUUGCAUAGCUUAUUGUCCACCUUUGGCAUUCAACUCCCUACUCCUACUCCAUUAUAUUGUGACAAUCGAGCUGCCCGUCAUAUAGCUGCUAAUCCUGUUUUCCAUGAAAGAACAAAGCAUCUUGAGAUAGAUUGUCAUGUUGUUCGUGAGAAAUACCAAGCUGGUCUUAUUCUUCCACUCUCUAUUGCUUCUGCAGAUCAACCUGCUGAUAUCUUCACAAAGGCAUUAGGCAAAGAUCGCUUCUUCUAUCUUUGUGACAAGCUGGGCAUUCGGAAUUUUCAUGCUCCAGCUUGAGGGGGAGUAUUGGAGAUAAUUAUGGUUUUAGAUUGCAGAUAAUUAUGGAUUUAGUAUAUCUGGUAUUUAUUUAAAUUAUCUGGUAUAUCUGAAAUAUAUUUGGCAUAUCUGG